AUGCCCGCCGUGCGGAAGUACCGAAGGGAUACCAGCGAGGUGAGCUGCUGCCUCAAAUACGUGAUCUUUGGAUUUAACGUCAUGUUCUGGUGGCUUGGUCUGGGUAUCAUGGCAGUGGGCGUCUGGGCAUGGACCGAAAAGGACACCUUCAACAACCUGUCCCGCCUCACAAACGUCGCACUCGAUCCAGCAUUUAUCCUCAUUCUAGUCGGUACAGUGACAUUUAUCAUCGGUUUCACGGGAUGCGUCGGCGCGCUACGGGAGAACACAUGCCUCCUCGCCGCGUACGCAAUAUUUUUAGCGCUAUUGCUGUUGAUGGAAAUGACUGUCGGUGUUCUAGGAUUUAUCUUCAAAGAUUGGAUAAAAUCACAAGCUACGGGGGGCUUCCAAGCGUUCAUUAUCCACUACAGAGAGGAUCCUGAUCAGCAGAAUCUCAUUGAUUGGAUUCAAGAAGAUUGGUUGCAAUGUUGCGGCAUCGAGGGCCCGAAGGAUUGGGACCGCAACAAUUAUUUUAAUUGUUCGUCGAGCGACAUAGGCUCGAGGGAAGCGUGCGGCGUGCCUUUUAGCUGUUGCAAGCGAAAACCUAAUGAAAUCAUUAAAAACAAACAAUGCGGUUAUGAUGUAAGAAAGCCCAGUUAUACGGGAGAGAGGAGUAUAUUCGAGCGGGGUUGCCUAAGAGCGGGUGAGGAGUGGCUAGAAUUGAACCUCGUACCCGUCGCUGGUACCGUGGUCAGCACCAUGGUUCUGCAGAACUUUGAGGUCGCCAAAGUGAUUUACGAAAAAGGUUGCAUACAGGCCGGCGAGGAGUGGAUCGAACGAAAUCUCCUCGCGAUUGCCAGCGGUGCGGUUGGCACAGCAUUCACUCAGAUUCUGGGAAUCUGCUUCGCGCAGAAUCUGCGCGCGGAUAUAUUCGCGCAAAAGGCGAAGUGGCAUUGACAAUCGCGUGCCCCCACGGCAGUUUAGCAUCUUUCUCUAUAGAUGCUAACCGGCUACGUUGAUCGAAUUACAAAGUCUCGACGCGAACUCAGAGCUCUGACGAGUGGAC